ACGGAGUAUUUGGGAAAAUUGACUGCACGGUUCAGUAAAUUGCCGCAGCCGAGGGUGUCCAGAUCGAAAACGAACCCUCACAAAGGAAGGCGAAGAUGUCUCUAGUCUCCGAGAACCUCCACUCCAAGGCGGAAGUCUACUACGACCACGAGAUCUGCGAAGUCAAGUCCAGGUCGCUCCUCCGCGAGCUCGGCCUCCCCGGCGGCCUCCUGCCGCUGAAGGACAUCACCGAGUGCGGCUUCGUGGAGGCGACCGGCCUCGUGUGGAUCAAGCAGGAGCGCGAGAUCCACCACUACUUCGACAAGGUGGGGAGGAAGGUGCGGUACGGGCGCGAGAUCACCGCCCAGGUGGAGAAAUGCCGGAUCAAGAAGCUGACCGGGGUCAAGACCAAGGAGAUGAUGGUGUGGAUCUCGAUUUCCGAAGCCUCCGCCUCCGGCGACCCUCCCACCGGGAAGAUCACCUUCAAAACUCCGGCGGGGUUGGUUAGGGCUUUUCCGGCGUCGGCAUUUGAGGUGGAGGAGCAAAUGCCAGACCGUUGAAGAGAGCUCGACGAUGAUGUUAACUCUGUGUUCA